CGGAAGACUUCCUGCCCUAGUUAUCAGUAGAACCUUUUUUCGUUCUUCCUGGAUUUGGUAUAGCAUCUGCGGACCAACUACUGAGCAUUAUCAAGCAGAGACUACCGUAGUGCACAUGUUGUCUGUGAUUCUCAAUUUUUUGUGUUUUUCUUGCCAAUGGUCUUCUUCCCCCCCNCUCUCUCUCUCUCUCUCUCUCCUCUCUCUCUCUCUCUCUCUCUCUCUCUCUCUCUCUCUCUCUCUCUCUCUCCCUCUGUGUGUGUGUGUGUGCCUGUGUGUUGCCAGGUCCGCAUAUUGCAGGAAAUAAGAAGCGGGAUGGGACCAUCCUCCUCAUUGCAGAAUUCCCGGCCUCCUAUGUUGGAACCUUCUCGCCAUGGGUUAACGGGCUCGGCAUCCAUCCUCUCUUCAUCCAAUGAGACACCCAUUCCGACACCAUUCGAAAUAUCCCGCUCAAGUCUUGUAGAUUGUGGAGAUGAUCAGGCAUGCCAUCGUCAGUCUAGCAGUGAAGAUGAAGGCGUGAGCAGUGGCAGUUAUCUCAACUGCUCUGCUGGUGUGCGAAUCGAUCGCCGCUUGAAUAAUGUCAAUGCCUUCCCUAUUGUCCAUGGGGAAAUGUGGUCCCCACCUCUCGGUCAAAUGCGCUCCAUGGUAAACAGUCUCACACCCCCACACUCUUAUCAGUAUUCAUUGUCUGCUCGCAUUGACGACUCGGUGCCAUCGUUAUCGUCGUCAGCGCCACCGCCUCCGGAAAUUCUUUUGCACCGAUUGUUGCUCCAUGUUGGUCGCACUUUGCCGCAAGAUGUUCGAUCGGCCGGCGUCCUGUCGAGUCUUCCACACACCAUGGCCAGCAACCCCUUCAAUCUGCAGCGACGCAGCAAGACCUCAACGCCAGUUGUUUCUUGCUCUGUCAGCGCUCCUAGGCGAGUAGCGCGGACAGGAUUACCCCCUCCACUCCACAGGGGUCAGGGAAAUGGAAGCAUGACUGUGUCGACGUCAGAGGCGUCUUCUGUGUUGGAUGCAUUUUUCAUAGACCUGACGGUCAAGCUAACGAGGCUUCGGUACCGGCUUGGAGUGACGCGGCCGUUGCUGCUUUCUCUUGGCCACACUUCGGCGGUGUUCGCACUAUUCGCCUUAUUUAUGAAGGACAUCUUAUACUUGAGAACGUUCCUCGUUUGCGGGAGCUUGUUAGGUAUAUGCUUCAAUCUUUUAAGACCACAGCCACUCUACUUGCCUGCCGGGUGGGGGUUGGUCUUCAUCAUCGCCAAUAUUAUACAGAUUUGCAUUCUCCUGCAUGAGAGACGAGAGGUUGAAUUCAAAAGUGAGGAGUCGGAGGUGUAUGACAUGUUGUUUCAGAGGCAUGGAGUGACAAACCAUCAGUUUGAAAAGUUGCUGAGGCAAGCUCAGGCUGAGUGGGUCGACUUAUCUGCUGGAGAUGUGAUUUUGGCUGAAGGAGAGCGGAUUGACAAGAUUUGUCUCAUUCUCAGUGGAGGAGCAGAGGUGUUGGUCAAUGGUGACACUGUUGGUGAUAUGGUGAGGGGUUUCCUCAUCGGCGAGUCAGCGCUGCUAAACAAGGACCACAUGGCAACUGCGACUGUCGUGGCAAAAGGAAGCAUGAGGAUUCUCCGUUUGAACACGAACAGGUUGUGGGCGCUGCUGUCGGCAGAUGAGCAUCUUAGUCAUUCCUUUGCCAAAGCUGUCAGCUCUGACCUGGCAGCAAAACUACUGCACAACUACAAGGAGAUGAGAACCCACAACUACAGUUUUGAGACGUACAAGCAUCUGGAAGCUCUUGCUGCUGUUGGUUGGACGAUGGACGAGUUUGAUGAUGGCGCAAAGCACGAUCGCAAUCACGGCCAUUCAUCUUCGGUCCAAGCGAUAUGGAGGCUCAAUGAGCAGUUACGCCAUGGACUUACAAAAGCGACACGGUGGGCUCAUUUUUCCAGAGCCCCACAAUCACCCGGUGAUCAUUCAGAACCUGACCCUGCACUCCGACUGGAUACUCGUGGCUUAGAAGCGGAGCAGAAAGGAAAAGCACUGUUUAAAGCGGCGGCGGCGUUGGGAACUUCUCCUCGACACCACGCCGAUACAAACGAGACGAACAGUGCAAGGGUCGAUGGCGUGUCAGGACUGCAUGUAGCAGCGCAGGCGAGGGGGGAAGCGGUCACAGCAGCCGUGCAAAGGCCAGAAGCAGCAGCGCUUUUAAGGGGACAAGUACCGCCUGCAGAGACCAAUCAGCAAGGACAAGCAGAUGUUAACGCAAAGACGUCGGAAACAUCAUCCUCAUCACAGCCAUUGAGUAUGCCAUCAGACGCCUUUCGAUAUGCGUGCUUGGCUGGCAUUUGAAGGGAAGGUCUAUCUUUAAACCUCUAGAGCACACACAGAAGUUGAGAGAGCCUUUUUUAUUCUUCUUUUCUUUUUUUAAGUUUUUUUUCUUUUUUUCCUUUUUUUUUUUGAGGGCCAGAGUCCGCAGGCACAGAACAAAAUCGCGAUCAGUAG